GUAUGAAAUGUGGUUCUCCAAGCUAAUACCUCUUCUUUUUCUGGUAAUUAGGACUGGAUCAAGUGAACGAAUUCCCCUCACAAUAAUAACUGAACUCGAUAACUCAGUACAAAGUUUAGAAGAAUCACAGAGGAACUUAAUAGAGGAUAGCUUAUUACCAGCUGUGUUGAAAUGGGUAGAAGAUAACAUCAGAGUUGACCAACAACCUCAAGGCGUUUUACGGAUAGAAAGGGGAUGUACAGCCGAUAAUACCGUGCUGUCCAUGGGCGUCCGGAAGUGUAUUCGAGGCUGUGUAAUCAAUCAGCAAUGCGGCUCGCAGAUUAUUCCUGCCGAACAUUUAGGGGCUUGCACCCAAAUGAUAGGAGGCAUGGUGACGCCUGCAGGAGAAGGUGUACGAGAGGGAUUUAUCUUGUACGUCUCUGCUGGAGAAUGCGGUGAAGAUGGAGAUCCUGGCAAUAAUGCUGUCCAGGGCAAACAUUGUACCUCUUCUAGAAUAGAUUCCGGACGACCCACACACGGCUACAUGAAGUUCUGCACUAAAGAACUGAAUAGCCACGUUAGUAAAUACGAGGAACUUGUUCACAAGACCCUGCAGAAGAUGAUACACAUUCUGGCGUUCGACAAAUCGCUGUUUAACAAAUUCACUGGUAAAGAUGGUAAGGUGUACACAAACCCCAUCAAGAAGAUUAGCAGAGGCAUUGACACAGCAGCCGGGGUUAUUACCAAGUCAUUGGACUACAUUGAACUGCCAACUGUUAUGGAGGAACUAAAGUCUCAUUUUGGUUGUGAUGAUAUCCCGGGAGCUCAGCUAGAGUCGGAGGAAAAUAUAUCUGCUGGAGACGAAAUCUACUUGGAAAAACUAUUCUUCGGGAACGAGCUGAUGAGCGCCGGGCUUAAAGGCCGAGGUGUGAUCUCCAAGAUAACCUGGGCAAUCCUCAAGGACAGUGGCUGGUACGACCUCGCACAAGACUUCUCGGAGCCUCUGAUCUGGGGCAAAGGUGCGGGUUGUGCCUUCGCUCGCAAGUUUUGCUACGAGCAACUAUCUCCUAGCGGAUAUAGUCCGGACGAAGUGGAGCCAUUCUGUGUGGAGCCAGGAAAAAGCAAGUGUGCAGCAGAUCACCGAGGGUUUGGAGAAUGCAACAUUGGUCUGGAAGAAGGGACUGUCCCUGAUGAGUACCAGAACUUUGACAGUGAUUUUCCCCACAAUGUUGAGGGUGAGACGACGGUUGGAACUGAUGUCUACACAGACCGCUGUCCUUAUCAUGAGCACAAUGUUAUGUGCACUGACCUAACCCGACAACCUCAACUGGAUAGAUUUGGAGAAGCGUACACAGGAUUUUCAAGAUGUUUUGACUAUGUGGGUAACUGGACCAGUAACGUGCAGGGUACAACCCAGCAGUCUAGUGGCUGCUACCCGAUUGAAUGCGGAGUUGACAGCUACACAGUUCGUGUCAGCAAAAACACGUACACGUGCACAUCAGGCGCGACAGUCGCAGUCCAGAACGCCCUCAGUUAUAACAUUGCUUUCGACGGAACUAUUCGCUGUCCUGACUACGAUAUAGUCUGUGCAGGGCAAGCGGCAUGUACUAAAGAUUGCCACGGUAACGGAAAAUGUGUAUCCGGAGAAAAGGACACAUGUGUCUGCUACCCCGGUUACCAUGGUGAAGGAUGCGAUCUCUCGUUUGGAGUGGACUACUGCUCAGCUGUACCUUGCCAAGCUGGCUCCACCUGUGUUAACGACGAAGCAGGCUCGUUCAGCUGCACGUGUCCUGAUGACAAGACGGGGGUGCUGUGCCACCUCUCCACCUCCUCCUGCACCCCCACCUCCUGUCAAAACAAUGGGAGGUGUGAGGAUGAGGACGGUGCUAUCACCUGUGUCUGUCCUACUGGGUUCAGUGGAGAUAAGUGCCAGGAUUCCCUUACUGCUUGUACUGAGGAGGAAAAUACCUGCCAGAACGGUGCUGACUGUUUCUUGGAUGCUGAGGCAGAGGAUGGCUUUUUGUGCGCUUGUCCCUUCAGUUACGAAGGUAGGUACUGUGAGUCCGUAAAGAAUUGUGACAUAUUCGGACCUCUAGCUUGUAGAAACAACGGUAACUGCAUCAUCGGAGAUCAUUCUUAUUGUCAGUGUCCUGAUAACUUCGUGGGUGAUUUCUGUGAAAUAGAGAUAUGUAGUGAGAACGCCUGUAGUGGUAACGGGGAAUGUGCUGAGGACCUCCUAGCACAAACUCUUGUGUGCACCUGUAACGAUGGGUUCACUGGUGGCAGGUGUGAGAGGGAGGAAGGUGACGUUCCAUCUCAGAUGGACCAGUGUGUCUUCCUGAGCCGAUGUGAGAUUGUAGAAGGAGCACGAGUUUGUAAGGAGGGUUGGUCUGGUAGAGACUGCAUGUCAGUUGAUAGGUGCAUGGAUAACCCUUGUGACCCAGUCAACACCGCCAGAUGCGUCAGUCUAGACGACAGAUUCGAGUGCGAAUGUUACCCCGGGUAUGAAGGUGAGGUCUGCACAGACAUAGUUGAGAGUUUUGAGACGGAGCCCACCACAGAUGCACCUACUACUGAAGCACUCGUGGACCACUGUGAACCUAACCCUUGUCAAAAUGCGGCUACCUGUAUCAGCAACGACAUGGCCUACUUCUGCGACUGUACUGAAGAAUACACUGGAAAUAACUGUGAAACACUCCGUGGAGAAUGCUACAAACUACCCUGUAAGAACAAUGGAGAGUGUGCUCAGGGCCAGGAUCCAUCCGACUUCUCUUGUACUUGUCCUCAACAAUGGACUGGACCUACAUGUGAGGUGGCAGUAGACCCUUGUGAGCUGUUGGAUUGUACUAACGGUGGAGUGUGCGAGAAACUUGGAGAUUCCGCUACUUGCGACUGUCCUAUCGGAUACGGAGGAGACAGAUGUGAGAACCCUGAGAGUCACUGCUACGCGGAACCCUGUCAGAACGGAGCCCGGUGCGACUACCACGAGGAGCACCACAACUUUACCUGCCACUGUGCCAUGGGCUACCUGGGGGAUACAUGCUCCGAGGAGAUGGAGAACAGUUGCGACCUGGUGUCGGAGUGUCAGAACGGUACACCCUGUAUCGGGAGUCAUGAUGAUUACACUUGUGAUUGUCCCCAGGGCUUGUCGGGAGAGUUUUGUGAGAUCAACCCUAAUGAUUGUGUCGGAAAUCCAUGUCAGAGGAUACUGUUUUCCCGAUGUCAGGAUAAGAUAGACGGGUACGAGUGUGCCUGCAUGCCUGGGUUCGAGAGGAAGUCUAACCAGUGCGGUGAUGUCAAUGAGUGUAUGGACAGUCCUUGUCUUAACGGUAUCUGUAUUAACUUGCCAGGAAAAUACCGAUGCAUGUGCAGGGCUGGAUGGAAGGGAACUAACUGUGAGAUAAACAGGAACGAGUGUGAGGAUUAUGGUCAGCAGUGUCUUAAUGGGGCACAGUGUGUGGACCUCAUCGCUGAUUUCAGAUGCGACUGUGUAAACAAGUACAGCGGACAGUAUUGUGAGAUCGCCCCAGCACCUUGUGACUUGGAGCCGUGCCAGAACGCAGCUACUUGUAGUAAUGUUGAUGAAACCAACUUCCGGUGCAACUGUCCAUCAGGAUUUGAAGGAGAGAGAUGUGAAACUAACAUAGACGACUGCGCCAGUGAGCCUUGUGUGCACGGUACCUGUGUUGACGGAGUAGCUGAUUACACGUGCGAGUGCGAUGUGGCCUACGAGGGAAACAACUGUGAUGUUUAUGUUGGACAAUGUAAGGGAGCGAUGAACCCCUGUGCAAAUGAUGCGGAGUGUGUGGAUCUACCUGACCGCAAGUUUGAGUGUGUCUGCCCUGAGUUCUACACAGGUGAACUGUGCGAUGAGAAUAUAGACGACUGUGCAUCAGUACCCUGUGCUAACGAGGGUGUGUGUAGUGACGGACUAGGAACCUUCACCUGCGACUGUCCGGACCAGUGGACGGGAGAUACUUGUGAGGAGGAUGUGGACGAGUGCGCGGCGUCUCCUUGUCAGAACGGAGCUGAGUGCGUCAAUGAGGACGGAGGGUUCCAAUGUGUCUGUUUGGAUGGAUAUGAAGGUGCUCUGUGCGAGACUAACACAGACGACUGUGUCGACCACCAGUGUAUUAAUGGUGGAGUCUGUUCUGAUGGUAUCGCUGGAUACAACUGCCUCUGUUCUGAAAAGUAUACUGGAUCAAGAUGUGAGGUAGAGCUGCAGUUUUGUGAACCUGACAGCUGUCUCAACAACGGUACUUGCAGUGUUGUAGAUAACGUGAUCCAGUGCGACUGUUCUGAGACAGGUUUUGAAGGAACAACCUGUGAGACUGAGAUUGAUGAAUGUGUCUCACAAAACGUGACCUGUCUCCAUGAAGGCACCUGUGUAGACGAGAUCCUGGGCUACCACUGUGAGUGUCACUGUGCCUUUACCGGAGACCACUGCGAGGACGAGGUUGACUUCUGUGAGACGGGGCAGUGUUCAGAGAACACCUACAUGUGCAUCAGUCUGGUUAACACCUGUAACUUUCAGUGCCAGUGUAAUGACGGCUGGGAGGGCACUCUCUGUGAGACAAAUAUAGAUGAGUGUGCUGCUAACCCCUGUAUCCACGGUACUUGUGAGGACGGGAUAGCAGAUUACACCUGCACCUGUGAUGAAGGAUAUCAGGGUGACAACUGUGAUGACCCCCUUGACAAGUGUGCUGUUGAGCCCUGCCUCAAUGGGGCAGGUUGUGAGACGAUAGUGGAGGGUGAGGAGAGGUACUUUGAGUGUACCUGUACUGCUCAGUACCACGGGGACACCUGCCAGAACAAGCACCCGCCCUGUUUUAUCAGUCCUUGUGGAGAUAACGGGCUCUGUCAGAUAGAUGGAGACAACGAACUUUGCGCUUGUGACGAUGGGUUUGAAGGAGACUACUGCGAGACAAACAUAGACGAAUGUGCUGGCGACCCUUGUAAGAACGGUGCUUCGUGUAAAGAUAAGAUCCUGGACUUUGAGUGUGAGUGUCAGCCAGGAUACGGUGGUAAGACCUGUGAGGCUCUGAGGGAUCCUUGUGCGGACACUGAACUGUGCCAGAACGAUGCAGAGUGUUCGGAAUGCGUGGAGGAGGAAUGCGAGAACAGGUACACGUGUACGUGUGUUCCUGGCUUCAUUGGAACUAACUGUGAAACUAAUGUUGACGAGUGUGAGGGUGAUCCUUGUGUAAGAGGAGGGUGUACUGACUUGAUCAACGACUACGAGUGUACAUGUCCUCUUGGAUACGCUGACAAGAACUGUGAAACUGAUAUCGAUGAAUGUGCACCUUCUCCCUGUUUCUACGGGCAGGAAUGUACUCAGGGUAUUGGAUUUUAUACUUGUAACUGUGUUGGUUAUAGCGGUGAUAACUGUGAGAGUGAUAUCGACGAGUGCUCCACUCUGGAGAACAGCUGCCAGAACGGGGGUACGUGCCGGAACACGCUGGGAAGCUACGAGUGCGACUGUCCUGAAAUGUUCGGAGGUGCCCAUUGUGAGCGGGUCGUGGAGCCCUGUGAUCUGGAACCUUGUCUCCAUAUGGCUGACUGUGAGAAUCUGGGUGUUACUGAGUACCAAUGUAAUUGUACUGGAGGGUACACUGGAGACAAUUGUGAACAUCCCAGUGAGUUAUGCAGUGAAGAGAACAACCCCUGUAUCCCCCAUGGAACUUGUGCCGAAGAGGAUGGUGCUGCUGUAUGUGUUUGUGAUGUUGGUUUUAUGGGCGAGUAUUGUAAUAUUGAACUUUGUCAAUUUGAAACAUGUCUGCACGAUGGUGUAUGUACAAACACACGAUCAGGAUUCGAUUGUAACUGUAACCUACCAUGGGUGGGCAAGAAGUGCGAGAAGAAAGCUAGUGUUCUUCAGUUCAAUCCACAGAGCAAGGCAUCCAUACCUCUUGGAGAGGUCACUGAGAAAGGAGUUCGACUUAAGAUGGGACUGAAGAUCAGGGACAUGACAACGGAACAACAAGUUUUCGAACAGGCCACAUCUCUUGGUCAGCUCAGUUUGAAACUGUUCGACUCAAAGAUCCAGCUGACUCUGGAAGAAACGAUGCUUGAAUUACCGAUCACCGAUAGAUUUGCUACCGUCAGCGUUAUUUUAGUGGAUGAUUACCUUGAACUGAUGGUGGGUAACCAGACUGAUGUUUCCGUCUUCUCAGAGAAAAAGGAUGCGUCACCAAGUGGAGGUAUGCAGUUCGGUGCAGUUCCCAGUGCUAAGAGAGAGGCUAUCAGCUCGUACACUGGAUGUCUGGUAGAUAUUGGUAACAUUGAUAUCAUCAACAUGGCUGAAGGAGGAGGUUUUGAUGAAUGCAGCGACGAUGACGAUGAAAUAGAUGAUAUCAACAUUUCUAUUGAGCCAACUGAAGAAGCACCUAUCCCUUGUGAAAACGGAGGUAUUAGAGUCGGACCGUACUGUCAAUGUCUGGCUGGAUUCCGAGGCGAUCUCUGUGAGAUUGAAGUUGGAGAGAACUGUCAAUCCACGGAGUGUCCUGGAGGUUGUCGUGACACAAGUAGGGGACCCCAAUGUGUGUGUAGCUGGCCCCAUCAUGGUGAACUAUGCACAGACCUCAUUAUCAUACCCUCAUUCAAAGCUGACAGCCACCUCGCAUUCCCUGGAAACCAGUAUAAGAAAUUGGAAGGAAACAAUCCAGAGUACAAGUUUGAUAUGGAGAUCAAUCCUGAGUAUCCCAGAGGAUUUAUUGUGAUGUUCGAGGGAAGUAAUGGCUUCUGUGCCAUGUAUCUUGACGGUAAUAUUUUCUUUGACUGUAUGGUGUCAGGUGAGUACAUCUCAAGAGAGCACUCGCAUACAGUACAAAUGGAUCACUGGAGUCUGAUUAGAGUGCACAUAAAUCACAACACUAUGUCCAUUUCUGUCGAUAAUAACGUGGAACUGUUUGAUUGCACCCAUAUUCAGGAUAUGAAUCUAGACGGGUCAAUCACCUUCGGCUCUAUCCCUGCGAGUGUCGACAUUGCUGGAACCGACCUGGAAGCAUCAUCCAUCCCAGGGUUCUUUGGUGAAAUUCAGCCCAUUACUCUGAACAGCAGAAAGGCAAAACUGAAAGAUAGUAUCGGACUAAAUUUUGUCUCAGCCAAAUCUCGAGAUAUUACAGAAGACUAUACCCCUCCCUGCAAGGGAAGUCCUUGUGGUAGCGACAACAUCUGCUACGAACGAACAAGAGGACACGGCUGUUUGUGUGAACGUAGUCCGUCUGGACCUGAUUGUGCUGGAACACCCCAACUUCUCACCUUCCUAGGAAGCAACUCCUACGCUGUUGUGGACACCAAGUAUGGAGAGAGUAACGAGUUCAAGAUAAGGUUCCAAUCUGAGACAGAUGAGGGUAUCAUGUUGUACGGUGCCAGCAAGUACAAAGAAAAGACUGUCCCACAAUCUUUAUUCUAUCUUGCUCUUAAAGACGGAGCCGUUCACUUCGGCUUGUACAAAGAAUCAGAUUUAUUCAAAACAAUGAGUAUUGAAUUAUCAGCCGAAUCAUGGAAUACCGUCACCCUUACCCUACACGCUCAGAAAGCGUCACUUGCCGUGAGUGGUAAAUAUGUAAAUAACAUUGUCCGAACCAAAUACGAGUCCGUGGAUUUGUUCCGUAGGAAUACAGUAUAUGUUGGUGGAGUAAGAGACUUCUUUGGACUUAACCAUCUUGUGAAAAACUUUGACGCAAACAUCCCAUUCAGUCCUUUUGUUGGUCAAAUAAGCGAGUUCCACCUGAACGCAGACUCCCUCCUCGGAUCUCUUAGUCGUGUAGUAAAAGUAAAUGCGGACGGUGCUCCCCCACUCUGCGGUAUCAGUCCAUGUGCUUCAGGUUCAUGUGUCGGAGAUGGAACAUGCGAGUGUGAUAACGACCUCCUACAAGGAGACCUCUGUGAGGAGACCGUCUAUUUUGUACCACUUCAGAUCACUGCCGGUUAUGUGGCGUAUCACAAACAUUUUGAUGUUGGGAACUCUCUGAAGAUCGAGUUCUCUUCACCACUCAUUAAUACCGAAGAAGAUGCAGUUAUUUUACGUAUCAACACCAUGUUCGUGGAAGACCGAGAGAAAAUGUUAGAGUUUAAGUUGAGUGACUUUACCUUUGCUGAUGGUACCGUAAAGACACUGACCUUUGAAAGGAAGAUGAAUCACAUCAAUGUUAUUAACGGAGAUGAUGUAACCGAAAUGGAGUUCUCGUCUGAAACCAAACUGGACAAAGAAGUAUUCAUCGGACUCGGAGAUAACAGUUUUACAGGUAGCAUAUUCUCUGUAGCAGUUGAUGGAGUGGAGUUGGUUCCUACCCACGGAAAUAAGCUCUCUCAGGGCACAUACCCACCCUGCUACUUCGACCCUUGUCUUAAUGGAGCAGAGUGUCUAGAGACAUCAGACACAAACUUCACGUGCGACUGCACCGCUGGUUACACCGGAACAGUUUGUGGAGAACUGAUAGACAUGUGCGAACCUAAUCCUUGUAACGAUACUUCUAGAUGCUUCUCUGUUGAAGGAACCUCCUUCCUCUGCAAACCAUGUCCUAAAGGUUACCACGGAUUUGAUUGUCAAGACAAAGCAUUCUGUGAACUUCUAACACCUUGCACCCACGGAGACUUAGCGGGAAAUUGUACUGAAACUGAGGAGAGUUAUGAGUGCGAGUGUGGAGAUGGAAAGGUAAGGAGAGAUUGUGAUCUGUCUGAUACUUGUGCUCAAGUACAGUGUCAGCACAACGCUACCUGUGUGGAGACCAAUGAUGAGUUCGAGUGUGAGUGUACGGAGAGAUGGCAAGGAAGGUACUGUGAGGAACCUAUUGAUAACUGCGCUGAAGAUACCUGCCAGAACGGGGGAACCUGUGUCUCCCUGUUUGAUGACAGGAAGUACUUCUGUCUCUGUUCUAUGGGCUACUCUGGAGAUCAGUGUGAGAUAAUCCUGGACAUGUGUGAGAAUGAACCGUGCCAGAACGGCGGAGUUUGCUCCACAAAAGCGGGCAUGUUUGUCUGCGAGUGUCCUGAACCGUUCUUCGGACACGACUGUUCCAGUUCAGCGUGUGAUGCUUUCAACUGUAAUGACGGAGAGUGUGGGAUUGAAGAGGGUUCUCCCGUGUGUGUCUGUGAUGCAGGGUACACUGGGGAACAGUGUGAUCUAGAUGUAGACGAGUGUCUUGAAGAGACAGCUUGCUCUAAUGGUCAGGGAAUCUGUUUGAACGUGUUUGGAGAUUACAACUGCCACUGUCACCCAGGAUUUGAAGGCAAAGACUGCGAGAUCAAUAUUGACGACUGCACUGAGGACUCCUGUAAUGGAAAUGGUUUUUGUAUGGAUGGCUAUGAUUCCUUCACCUGUCUUUGUGACGCCUUGUACACCGGAGAAUUCUGCGAGGAGAAAUCAGACAGGUGCUCUCCCGAUCCUUGUCAAAACGGUGCCAGCUGCUUUAACUACGGCAUCGACCACUUCUGUAUCUGCCCCCAGGGCUACGAGGGGGUAAACUGUAGCAUAAACUCUGACGACUGCAGGUUUAACCGCUGUGAGAACUUUGCCAGAUGUGUGGACGAGCUUAACGGAUACUCCUGCGACUGUGAGGGCAUGUUCUCAGGCCAUUUCUGUGAACGAGAUGUGGACGAGUGCGCCAACACCCCCUGUCACAACGGUGCUAACUGUACCAACACCUACGGUGGAUUCGAGUGCGAGUGCCCGGAGUUCUAUGCUGGUGAGACAUGUGAGGUUACACUGGGCGAGUGUCAUGGUAAUCCUUGUCAAAACGGAGCAGAGUGCUACGAGGUUGGAAUGGUGGGAGAAGGAAGAACGUGCAGGUGCCUGGAGGGAUGGACUGGUGAUGACUGUGAGAUCCGGGUCACAGAGUGUAAUGAUGACUCUUGUCAAAACGGUGGAAGUUGUGUGGUUUCAGAGUACGGGUUCGCGUGUGAGUGCAAGUACCCCUUCUCUGGACCUAACUGUGCCACCAAGAUUGUCGUACCUUAUCUCUCUUCGGCUCAAUCGUUCGUUGCGUUUGAAACAUCAAUUGUUGAUAUCGCUAAAGGUUUCGAAUUCCGAUUCCGACCUGAAAGGUCAGGAUUUGUCUUCCACCUCGCGUACGAUAACUUCUACCUCAAUGCUAUGUCCACAGAAGCUAACACCAUGGUCUUCACGGCUAACCUUGACGGGAAGGUUUACACCAAAAUAUCAUCGGCAAGUUUAGAUCACGAGGAAUGGAACAAGGUUCACAUUAAAGCAAACUCUAAAGCAAUCACACUCACUGUCAACUCUGAAUCGGAUGUCAUGACUUUGAAAACGACACAACUGAAGACCAUUCUCCGUAAACGACAUCAGUUCUACAUCGGAGACUCUACGAAGACAAACAGUUUUGUGGGAUGCUUCUACGACCUUGGUCAAGACCUGGGAUCUAACGGAGUUGAAUUCGAGGGUAUUGAGUACUGUGAAGGUGGUAACACUUGCAUAGUAGGACAUCUUGGUAAGUGUGGAGAGGGUGGUCAGUGUAACGAGAUCGGACACUGUGACUGUCCCUUGGGUCGAUCUGGCCAGUACUGUGAGAAAGACAGACCGUCACGCAACCCCAGCUUCAACAGGGACGGUUACCUGUUACUCCAGGAAACUGACAAACAUUCCUACAUCUUAUCCCUGGCAGCUCAGGGGACUGGAGCCGUCUUUGUUGGUUACGACAAGAAGGGUAGAGAUAUAGUAAGUCUGGUUAUCGACUCAACCAGUAUCAAACUGACCGGUAUGGCUCAGGAGACUAUCUACAUUAAAGGUUACGACGGAGCUUGGUUGGACUUAACCAUGACUUUUGACGCAAACGAAAAUGCUGUGUCUGUGGAGCUAGGAACAGGAGAAGAGAUGAUGACAAUAUACGAAGGAGAUAGGAAACUAGCUAAGCUUUACCUUGGUGGUUCUGCGAAAUUCUCGAACAACUUUAGAGGGUGCUUCACCGAGGUGACAGUGGAUGGAGUGGAACCUGAGUACGCUGAGCAGAAUAAUGUGGUUGAGUGUGCUAUGGAGGGAUGUUACGAUAAUGCUUGCCAGAACUCAGUUAACGACUACAACAAUUGCGUUUCUGACGGACCACGUUACUUCUCUUGUAUCUGUGGACACAACUUUGUGGGAGAUAAAUGCGAUGUGCAGUGGAACAGACAGACGCCCCGUUUUAACGGCAACAGUUUCCUCAAGUUCCUCAACCCUGAUAACUCAACCAACGAAGACCUCAUGCUGGCCAUCGUGUUCAAGGUAACAAGCAAGUCAGGACUUCUGUUCAGCACAGAACUGUCAAGUCAGCACCCUGACUAUGUCGAGAUAGGUAUCUCCAAAGGACGUCUUUACAUGACCUUCGAGCUGGGAGCUGGUCCUGCAUUCUUGGAGUGUCCCAGAUAUGUUGAUGACGGAAAGUGGCAUUUCCUUCACCUCACUCUGAGAGGCAACCACGCCGUGCUGAUGGUGGACAGAUGGGCAAGUGAGGUGGUAUCUCCAGGGCAGAGAAACACUCUCAAUGUGGGACCUUAUCUCUACUUAGGAGGAUCCCCCACUGAGCCAGGAAUAACUGGGUGUGUUGAGAGUCUGUCUGUCAGGGACGAACCCUUGACCAUGUCCGAUACUGUGGCCUCCUCCAACAUUCACUAUUGCGAGGAUAACGUCCCCGAGAAUAGCAUCUACAAGCUCAAAUACCGACUAAAAUAGAGAAAACGAUCAGGGCAUGCCUGAUCUUUAUUUGUUGAAUAGAACCACCUUCAUUUAGGAUUGAUGAUCGCUGUUGAACUGUUUUUGAAAAAUGAACUGUUCUGGAAUUAUUGACCCGAGACUGUGUAGGACAAUUAUAAUUAGUCAUGACACUGACUUACUGAAUUUGUUAUAUAGCGACCCUGUUAUAUUUAAACUUAACAUGAUUUUUAAUUAAUUUUAUACGACGUUCAUAUGUUUUUAACUGCUGAACCAUUCUUAAGACUAGUGGAUUGUAAAUAAAAUAUGUGCGAUGUUUCAAUUUACGUUUUUCAAGCUUGUAUUUUCGUUCGCUUGAAAACUUUGUUCAUUGUGUAAACUUUAUAACCUGAGAAAGAACUCGAAACUAAAACCUUAAAACUCAUCUUCAUUUGAGUAUGCAGAACUAAAGUAGGUUUUUAUUUAAGACAUUUUGAUACGUUAUUUUAUAUUUUUGAUAGAUUAUGUUCACUGACGCCGACAGCAAUUAUAUUUUAAGAUGAACCUGUUCCUGUGACAUUAACUCAGUACAUAAUUUUAGAACUUAGUCUUUUAAACUUAAAGAUCAUCUCUUAUGAUUUUUAUAAAUAAUUGUGACCCGGAACUCCGCGCAACGUUCUGACAUAACAUGAGGUGGCUGUGACAAUGUUUGAAGAUCACACUCACCAAACUUUUAUUAAGCUAAUUAGUUAAUUAGUUUAUUAGUUAAUUAACUAGAAAAUUAGAAGUAGUGCAGCCUAGUUACACUGUAUUAACAAUGUCAACAUGAUAUUAGUUAUUGAUAAUGUCUGAUUUGAUAAACUUAUUACCAC